ACUCAAAACUGACUGCCACCGUUUUCAGGUGAAAAUCCAUAACACUGUAAGUCAUCAGUUGAACAACAUCACAUCUAUUUCGGUCUCAUAAAUUCUGGCUAAAAGUAAAUCAAAAAAAAAAAAUCAUACAAAAUUUGAAAAAGAAAAAAAAAUCAUACAAAAUUUCGUCGACAAAUUAGAGUAUCCAAAAAAGCCAGCAUGACAUCCGCCUGGGUACUGAUCAUCGCCAGUGUUCUUCACUUUGGUUUGCGCCGCAGCUGUUUCCUAAACAUUGAGCAAUUACCAAUGCUGCCGGAUACCCUUUUCGCCCGGCAUAUUGCCUAUUGUGCCAUCCUGCAUUUUCUCUAUGACCAGGAAUUGCUGCCAACUCGCUAUCGCCGCCGAAUGGGCUUGGUUUUUGGUUUCCUUGUGGAACUAAUCCUGGGCAUUGUCUUUAUGGAGGUGCUGGGUCAAUGGCUCUGGUGGCGUGUUGAGCAUAUCAUUUAUAAAUGUCUUUUAUUGGCCCUCCGCACCUAUGGCGAUGAGAAUCCAGAGCUAUAUCAGUAUUUGGAGAAGACUUUCAUGCGCGGUCUGAUGACCGCUCUGGCCGGGCUGCUCUGGCUGAAUGCAUAUGCGGCCACCGAACCACCGCAGGAGUUGCAGGUGGCACAGGUGGCCACAGCCAAGGCCAGCUUGGUCAAGCUAAAGCAUCGCAAUUUGUCCAAAAGGAAGGAACAGCAAACGCACCGUAUUAAGGGUCAGGAGAAGGUGUCGCAGGAGGAACAAAAGCAGCGACAGAAACUGAAGCUAAAGAUGAAGUUGAAGCUGAAGCAGAAGGCCGAGCAAAAUCGUAAGCAAUUGCUGGAACAGGAAAGGGAUAAGGAUAAGGAUCAAGAGCAGAAGCAGGAACAAAAGCCGAAGCAAAAGAAGCAAGCAGUGGAUCCGGAACUCCCUAUGGCUGAAGAGGAGCUAGCCAAGCUAUCUGCUCCUGCAGAGGUAGAAGUAGAGGAGCACGAGCAGCAGCAGGAGCCAGAGCAGGAGCACCUGACCGUCCUGGCCACAACCAGCGAUUGCUAGUUUAGUCCUUUUUUCCCCACACCCAAACCCUCCCCUCACCGUAAAAAGGCGUCUUCAAUGCGGCCUCAAUUAGAAGAGUCAGAGAGAGAGAGAGCUGGAGCAAGACCUGAAGGGGCAGUAAAUGUGUUUAUUCCAGCCAGAUGGACUCCAAAAGACUCUUUAAAGGACCUUGCCAAAGGGAUGCUGCCGAGACGCGGGGAGACAGGAAAAUGGCAAUGAGAUUGGGUAUAAGGCAACCAGGGAGAGGCGUUAAGAGAACUGCGACUGGGAAUGAAUGGGGCGGGGCUGAAUGAUGGACUGCAGUAAAAUGUCUAUGAAAAUUGA